AUGGUCAACAGCCUCCCGCCAGAAUUCUACACCCCCUUCCUCUCGGACGCCGCAAAAGCGCGCAAGCCGAGCCCAAUCCGCAGCCUGUACCCGCUCGAGGCGCAGCCGGGCGUGAUCUCGCUGCUCGCGGGGAAGCCGAACGGGGACACGUUCCCGCUCGUAUCUGUGCAGCUGCGCGCGCGCAUGCCCGAGGACCCUGCCCAAGUGCGCACAACGGAGAUCUCGGGACAGCAGCUAGCGGAGGCGCUGCAGUACGGACCGACAGCGGGCACGCCUGCGCUCACCCGGUGGAUAUUUGGUCUGCAGGAGCGCGAGCAUGGGCGGUGCCAGCGGGAGGGGUGGAGGAUUAGUGUUGGUACUGGCUCGCAGGAUGUGAUUUUUAAGGCCUUUCACGCGAUCGUGAACCCUGGAGAUGCUGUUCUCGUGGAGAACCCUGUUUAUGCAGGCGUCCUUCCAAUACUACACGCCCUGCACUGUGAUUUGGUCGAAAUCCCGACCGACUCCCAAGGAAUUCUGUCAGGCUCAUUACGGUCCACGUUGGAGAACUGGCCAGCAUCCAAGCCGAAGCCCAAAGCCCUCUAUACUGUACCUUACGGGUGCAAUCCAACCGGAACAAUCGCCGCGCUCGAACGGCGACGGGAGGUGCUCGACCUCGCGCGAGAACAUAACUUCCUCAUCCUAGAAGACGAUCCCUAUUACUAUCUGUACUUCGGGAGCGCGGAGCGCUGCCCGUCGUAUUUCAAGCUCGAGCUGGAACAGCCUGAGGUCGGGCGCGUGCUGCGGUUCGACAGCCUGUCGAAGAUCCUCUCUUCCGGGCUGCGAAUUGGGUUCGUGUCUGGCCCGGAGCCGUUGCUGCAGGCCAUCGACAUGCAUACCGCCGUCGCAAACCUGCAGCCGUCGUCGCUGACGCAGAUAAUCGCGUUCUCGCUGCUCGACUCCUGGGGGUACGACGGGUUCCGGACGCACACGCAGAAUGUAUCGCGGUUCUACCGCGAGAAGCGUGACAUGUUCGAACGCGCACUGCAGCGGCACCUCGCGGGCCUAGCGGAGUGGAACACGCCUGAGGCUGGGAUGUUCUACUGGUUCAAGCUCCUACUUGGCGGCCCGGAUGAAGGAGAUUCGGAGAUCCUCAUCCGGACGAAGGCGUACGAGCACGGUGUGCUUGCACUACCGGGAACAACCUUCUUGCCUAGCGGGGGUAAGACUGCGUAUGUACGUGCGUCGUUCAGUAUGGUUUCGGAAGAGGAGAUGGAGGAGGCUGCGAAGCGACUCAGGCAGGUCGUCCUAGACGAACGACGAGCUCGGACGUAA